AUGGAGUUUUUGACAGAGAAUCCUGGUGGCUCUGAUACACAGGAAGUUCAAUCCGAAAGAAGAGACAAUAAUGGGAUAAAGGGUGAAAGUAAGCCUGUAGAUAGCCGAAGAUUUUGGUGGAACAUGAACAAUGUAGAUAAUCUUGCAAACCAGAUGGCUCAUCUCACUUCAGUCGAAAGAACUUGA